UUGGGUUUGGAUUACUCCCCAUGUUUCAUCCCCUUCUGUACGGCACAACAUGACAUCAAGUGCAGGCUCGGUGGAAAUGAAAUGCGGGACAAAGAAAUUUACAUUUAAUCCUAAAGAGGGAAUAGACAACCCACUGAUGGUCAUCACAGAAGAGUCCACACCGAGACCACAUCUCUGUGUUCUUAAAAAGGAGGAAGGGGAGACCUAUGGAUUUCACCUGAGAGUAGAAUGGGUGAAACAAGGUCACAUUAUCCGAAAUGUGGUUUCUGGAGGGGUUGCGGGGCGUUGCGGCCUUGAAGAUGGAGACAGGCUUCUUGAGGUCAACAAUGUCUAUGUAGAGGAUGCUCCUCACCAGGAGGUGGCAAGGAGAAUAAAGCGAAGUGGACAUCACCUAUGCUUAUUGGUUCUUGAUGACGAGGCGUAUGAGAAAGCAGUCGCCAAGGGGCAGGACCUUCGCGAUCUUGUCAAAGCAUAUAAGAGUGAACAUUUGAAACCACCACGACUGUGUCACAUCACCAGAGAUCCUAUCUUGGGUCUGGGCAUCAACUUCACACCUAUUGGAGCUGAAAAGGGUUGCUUCUCAGUCAACCCGGUACCUGGAGGGGCGGCCGAAAAGGCUGGCGUACAUAAGGGGGAUCGCCUGGUGUGGAUGAAUGGAGCCGUGGUUUCAGAUCUCACGCACUCUGCACUCAGCAGAAUGGCCUUCGCGGAAGGUGGCUUCCCUUGCUGCUUGUUUGUGGGAUUCGCUGCCUUCCCCUUUGUCUUCAAUGAAAAAAUGUGGCAAAUAUAUCACCAUCCUAGUGAUUGACAGCGAGAGUGAGAAGAAAUACACUCAACUAAGGAUGCCCAUACUCCCUACUAUGGCGGUCCCACACAACCUGCCCUAUAGGUCGAGAAAACUAGAUUUGGAUUUGGCACCUGAGGGCUACGGUUUCCUC